AUGCUAUUAACCAUUUGUCGGAUUCCUAUUCCAAUCUCUGCUAUAUCAAAAUCUAAGGGCUAUUAUUUUGGGGGGUUUCCAAUUAAGAAAGAUGAAGGAAAGAUGAAGAUUCUGAAGAAACUUGAUUUUGUGAAUAAUGCUGCUUCUGGGGAAAGUGGUUCAUCAGUCGAUUUCGAUGUACCAUUUCCUAGUGAUUAUAACGAACUUCUUCAGCAAGCUAAAGCAGCAACUGUAUUGGCUCUAAAAGAUGACAAGCAACUGAUGGAAAUUGAGUUCCCGACUGCUGGAUUGGAAUCCGUGCCAGGUGACGGUGAAGGCGGUAUAGAAAUGACUGGAAGUUUGCAGCUUAUUCGUGAAUUCUGUGACCUUGUCAUAAGUCCAGAGAAAGCCACACGGACUAGAAUUUUUUUUCCAGAGGCCAGUGAAGUCACAUUUGCAAGAAACUCAGCUUUUGGAGGAGCUUCUCUAAAAUUGGACUAUCUAACAAAGCCUUCAUUGUUCGAAGAUUUUGGGUUUGUAUCAAAAGUUAAAAUGUCCGACCGUGUGAAGCCAGAAGAUGAACUCUUCCUAGUCGCCUAUCCAUAUUUUAAUGUCAACGAGAUGCUUGUGGUGGAAGAGCUUUAUAAAGAAGCAGUAGUGAACACUUCGAGGAAACUGAUUAUAUUCAAUGGGGAGCUUGACAGAAUAAGAUCUGGAUAUUAUCCAUCAUUUUUCUAUCCCAAACUGGCUGCACUUACCCAAACUUUCUUGCCUAAGAUGGAGACUGUAUAUUACAUUCACAACUUCAAAGGACGAAAUGGAGGAGUCCUCUUCAGAUGCUAUCCAGGUACUUGGAAAGUUCUGAGGAAAGUGAGAAACAAAUAUGUUUGUUUGCAUCAUCAACAAGAGAUGCCAUCCCUCAAGGAAGUUGCCCUGGAAAUUCUUCCAUCAGCGUGA